AUGAUGGAACACGACGAAGGGCGCAUUGUUGGAGGCCAGAAGACCAGUAUCGAGGAACACCCGCACCAAGUGUCCCUGCGAUACGGCAAUCGGCACGUCUGCGGUGGCGCCAUCAUUAGUGAGGAUUGGAUCAUCACCGCGGCCCAUUGUGUGCAAUAUGCUGGUUCUUUCCCGCGACGCCUCGUAAUAAAAGCGGGCUCGUCCAAUCUCGAUGCAGAAGGCGGUACGGUUGUACGAGCGAAGCAAAUUGUUACUCACGAGAAUUACAGCCACCGGAACGGUGAUUACGACAUCGCCGUAAUAAAGCUGGCAGAACCGCUCGCUUACAGUCGCCAAAUAAAACCAAUUUCAUUGGCGUCGAUGGCCAAUCAUUAUGCCAGCCAUAGCACGGCGGUGGUUACCGGCUGGGGAGCAUUAAGAAGCAACGGCUUGUCGACCAAUCAGUUACGCAAAGUGGAAGUGCCGCUCGUUUCGGAUGCAGAGUGUUCGAGUUUAUACGAAAACCGCACGAUCACCUCGAGGAUGCUGUGUGCGGGUUACACGAACGUCGGCGGGAAGGACGCUUGCCAGGGUGAUAGCGGUGGUCCAUUGGUGCAGUACGGUCGUCUGAUAGGAAUAGUGUCCUGGGGAUUCGGCUGCGCAGAUCCCUCCUAUCCUGGAGUGUACGCACGUAUCGCGACUCUUCGUGAUUGGAUAGAGGAGAAAACCGGCGUGUAA